AUGUGAGGGAUUCUUGCUGUUGGGUUUUGUCAGAGAUUAGAAUGAACUUUGUCUCUGUUCCUCUUUACAAAGGAAAGCAGGAUCUCCGGUUUUGUCUCGUUAUGAACUUUAUCAACUAAAAGUAUGCCUCUUGUCAUCUGGUUGGGUUAUAAUUAAAAUGGAGAAGGUGUGCUUUUAUGGACAAUCUUGCGUUUGGUGGCAGGACAGGAAAUGAGGGAAAUUAUUGGCGUUUAUUAUCCGAGACAUCUUCAGGGUGUAGUCUAAAGGAAGUAGCCUGGGAGCUGCAGUCAGGCAGGCGGUAUGUAUUGCAGCGGCUCGCAACCAGCUGCCCCCGAACAGACUCCCGGACAGGGCUCCAUUGUGGAGCGGCUGUCUCGGUAUGGCAUGCAGGUCAUGCCCGGAGCCUCCCCGCGUAGGUCGAGGCUGCAGAGGCAGCAAGAAGUCACCGACGGCUGCGCUCCGGAGAGAGAGUCCGUCCCGCUGGUUCUGCGUAGAAAGUACCUGACGGAGCUUCUCCUGAGCCGGGCUUCCAGCAGCGGAGUUGGCAGCGGGUUGCUGCAGAGCCUCUCCCCGGACCAGGAGGACUCGGACUGGGCUCUGUAUCCCAUGGAGCACGCCUGGAUGCUCCUGGCGGUAGAGGGGAACUACGAAACCAUCCUGGACUUCAUCUCCGAGGACCCGCAGCUGCUGACCCGGCGGGACUUCAUCAGCGGAUACUCGGUGCUGCAUUGGCUGGCCAAGCGGGGACAGGACGAGAUCCUGCUGAAGCUGCUGCGGUUCGCGGAGCGUGCGGGCUUUGCGGUGAAUGUGAACCUGCGGGGCAGCGGCGGGCUGACCCCGCUGCACGUCGCCAGCAUGCAGGGCCAGUUCGCGGUCGUCAAGCUGCUGGUCGGGGCUUUCGGCGCCAACGUGGACGCGAUGGACUACAACGGGAAGCGGCCGUGGCAGUACCUGCGGAAGGACGCCCCGGUGGAGAUGAAGGAGCUGCUGGGCACCUGGGACGAGGAGCACAGCUGCGGCUGUGCGCAAAACCUCAACAAGAACGUCAACAACAACUGCGCUGGCGCAGUGAGCGUGGCCGCAUGCGAUGAGGCGGAUGGCGAAGAAACUGAAGAAGUGAGUUACUUUGACAGAGCCAAGAGAAGCAGCUGGAGGUUCGAGUCUCUAAGGAAGCUGAAAUCCUCCUUUUCAUUUGUUAGAAGCAAAACUUGAGAUUAUGCCGUACUUUAAAGGGGCAGUGUUCUGUAAAAUCAACCUAUUUUAAGGUUUACAUCAUGUUAUGUUACUCUCAUCAAAAACCUACCUGGAGUGUUUUGAGAAACCAUUUAAUCUCCAUGGCAACCACUCAGCUGUGGAAAACACCUAUGUGGACCUAGCCCCGCCUUCGAGACGCAGCUCCACCUCAGUUUUCAAGUUUCUUUCUCCCAGAGCAGGCCUCUAUCAGUCAGCUCCUUCAGACUAGCCAGCAGCAAUUAGCAAACACCUGGUAGAACUAAGCAUCUGCUGAGCUCCUUAUAUGAGCUACUUCUCAAAGCAACAGUAAAGGUGUUGUUAAAGGGGCAGUAUGAUGUCAAAUCAAUUAUUCUGAGCUUUAUUUCAUGUUCCCUCAUCAAAAACAUAACUGGAGUGUUGCUUUGAUCCUUUAAUCUCCAUGGCAAACAUUUAGCUGCACAAAACGCCUGGUUGGACUUGGCUCCACCUUUGAGGACGUAGCUCCCCUUCAGAGCUGCGGGUUCCAAGCUUCCACCUCACAGAGUAACCCUCCCCACCCACCACUGCCUCACUCAGCUCCUUCAGACUAGCCAGCAGCAAUUGGCAAACACCUGAUAGAACUAGUUCAAUGAGCUACUUCUCAGUUUCUUAAAGAGACAGAGGCCUAAUUUUAAGACGUUACAUUACGAAGUCAAAUAACUUGUCAUUUGACUUGUACAUGAUUUUUUAAAAACGGAAGAUAAGGCCAUUAUCAGAUAAUGGCACUAUGUGCCUGGAAAAUACGUAUUGCCCCUUUAAAAUAUGUAAACAUGCAUGUUUUGGUAAUUACACCUCUUCAAACAUGUAAUUACCUUUUGGCGAGAAGUUUUUUGUUAUUCCUCUAAAUGAUCUUUAGCUAAUAGAAAAACCAAAUCAAAUUUAAAAUUUCUACUGAUCCAUUGUGUUUAUGAGCAACAAUCAAAUGUAUGUUUUUAUUUACUGCUGUCAGAUUAUAAAGUCCAAUUACCAAAUCAUGCACAAUGUGCAGUCAAUUAAAAUUUACAUUAUGGAUCUGCUUUUACAGUAAGUUAAAUGUGCUGUAAGUUUGCUUCUAAUUGUCCUUAAAAUGUGACAAAAACUUGCAUGUUGUAACAAUUUCACAAUUUCCUUGCUGCUUUCUCAAACACUUUUAAAUAAAAGUGUGACAGACUU